UCUGUGUCUCUGCGAGAUCCGUCAAGGCUGCUUCCCUAGUGGGCUAUCAAGCUGAUCAUCACUCACCAUCUCCCCAUCUUCUUGCAUCCAUCCUCAUCAUCUUCUUCUUCUUCCUCUUCUUCUUGAGCACGCAGAGAAGCGCAGAGCUUUUGUAUGGCUGCCAGUUCGAGGAGUUCCGGGAUCGCGGGAAUCGGCAGGCGAGUCGUCUCUCAGAUCUGGAGCCCCAACAAGGCCCUCCCACCUCCUUCCUCUCUCCCUCUCAGGAGAGCUGUUCACACGUCCGUGUAUGACAAGAACCCCGAGGAUCAAUUUACACCGAACGUGGUCCCCGAUGAAGUGAUAGAGGCUCCAUCCGACAAGUACUGGGCUCCCCACCCCAAGACAGGGGUGUUUGGGCCUGCGAUUGACCAUCACCUCCGAGCCCACGGCGAGCUUCCAAAGCCCGGGGAUGCUGAGAGCUCUGUGCUGGAGCAGACGGCCUGGUUCCGCCCCACUAGCCUCGAGGAUCUUGAGAAGCCUCCUCACCAUUAACAUCGAACCCGAGUUCAACCGCUAUAUAUCGUAUGUAAGCGACCUCGAUGGCAUCCUUAACAAGAAUAACUUGUUUGCAGCUGUAAUAUAUUGUUAAGUAUUGAAGCUGUGGAUUUGAGCUUUGUUAGCAUGCGAGAACUACUACUUCCCUGUCGAAGUAGGAGCUAUGUAUUGUACCUAUGGGAUUGCUGUAUUUCCCCUGGUAUUCCGUAUGAAAUGUUUGGACGUGCCCGCUUCAUACUUC